AUGCAGGCACCGUCAGCUCGCGAUCUUGAUACCAGGGAGUAUACGCUCACCAAGCCGCAAGACCUCAUUGAUUUCCUGGUUGACGCCAAUGUACGCCUGGUGCGUUUUGAGUACCUGAGGAUGCUGGCCCGGACCAAGCAACUUUGCCCACGGCGCCAGGAAGCUGAACUGGAGGAAUUCCAGGACGACAGGGGGAAUGUUUGCACUGCGUUGGCGACGCUUGAGGAGCUGAAGGAGUUGAAAUAUUAUCCAUGUCUGGAGACUGGCGACAAAUCCGUUCGCGCCUCUUUCUCGUUGUUCCUUGGCAAUACAGCGCCGAAGCCAGUUCUCAUCGUUUCUGUUUCGCACUGCUGGGAAUCUCAGCAACAUGCUGACCCAUGGGGUUUCCAACUGUGGUGCUUGGCUGAACGCAUGGAGCGGCGGAUAGCAGGAUUAACUGCACUGAAGACUUGCCAGGUUUGGGUAUUUGUGGACUGGAUCUGCUUGCCGCAGUACAAGCGCACACACUCAGAGCAGCAGUUCUUUCAUCACGCCAUGACGUCGAUGCAUGUGCUCUAUGCACAUGCAGAUCUUGCUUGGGUGGAGCGCCUCACUGAUCUCACGCCGGAUACCUGCAUGCAACGAGCGCCCAGCUCUGUCGCCAUCUAUUGCGAAGCAAGCGGGGCGUUGGAGACGCGACCGUCUAGCGAGUUACUCCGAAACAGCACUCAGUACUGUCGGCGAGGCUGGUGCGUGGCAGAAACACAGUGGAUCAGCACCAGAGCGCACAUUACAGGAGUGGCACCAAUCAGUCCGGCAACCUUUCAGGACCGAGUGAAAAGAGGCGAGCAGGAUGCUGCAGAUGGCUUGGCGCUGCAGUUCACGCAUCGUUCUGAUGCAGCAGCUGUGAUGCGACUGCAGGAGAAGGUGUUUCUGCAGCAGGCGAGUGCGCGAACAUCACUGGUGGCAGAUGCACUGCCAGUGCAGGAAGUCCUGGAUUUGGCAGAGUCUGUAUCCUAUUUCAAGUCUUUGAAGCAGUUGUCUUUGGCAGACAGCCAAGUUGGGGCCGAAGGUGCUACGGCAUUGGCCCAAGGUCUCCAAGGCAAAAACCUGUACACGUUGAUCUUGGACUAUUGUGAGAUUGGCGACCUGGGUGCCAUGGCCUUGGCAGACUUGCUCCCACAGUGCAGCUUGCUGAUGAACGUGUCGCUGCGCGGAAACAACAUCGGAGAUGCUGGCGCAGCGGAGCUCGGACCAGCACUCCGCGCGUCGGACGCGGAUGAUAUGCUCGAGGUUGUGGACCUGAGCUGCAACCGUUUGUCAGAUGAAGGAGGCUGGGCUUUCUUACAGAUGCUAAAUUCGAGCGACUGGCAAUUGCUUCCUUCUCUUCUCACCAUCAUGGGAUAUUUCAACGGCAUGUGCAAGGCCGGCAAAUUGUUCGAGGGCAGUGAGUUGAAACAGAAGUUGGACGCGCUGGACAGCGCCGACCCCGAGGUGAAAAACAUCAAGGCAGAGAUGGUCCAAAUCACCACGGCUUUGAAGUCCGCUGGCACGAAGGACGCCAAGCUCCGCUCCUCUGGGGUGGUCGUCGUGGUUUUCCGACACCAGAGCGACAUGCGAGCGUGCCUGAAGAAGUGGACGUCCUUCUGGGCCCGCUGGUUCCAGUGCGAGGCCGAUGAUGUCAGCUUCCUGUGGAGGUCCCAGGAGCCCUCUCCCGAGGCUCGCGCCGCGAACCCCGGCGACAUCCAUUGGGCCGAGCUUGCCGUGCCUCCGGAUCAGCGGCGAUACAGGCUCCUUGCCACCAACGGUGUCAUGUUUCUCUUGGUCGCCGCGUGCUUCGGCGCGGUCUACGGCCUGCGCAAGGCGAGCGAGUCGAUCAAGGGGGACGGCGGCGACGGUGCCGGACUGUGGCUGUCAAUGCUGCCAGCCUUCGUGGUUGCCAUCGUCAACGGCUUGCUGAUGGCCGCUGCCCGGUAUUUGGGAGACAAGGAGUACCACGACACACUCACAGAGCAAGAGUUCUCGCAAGCUGCGAAGAUGUCGGUCGGUAUGGUGGUGAACACGGCGGGCGUCCUCUACUUCAUGUACUCACAGCCGAAAGAGUGGUACCAGGAUGGAGGCCUGGUCAACGGAGCCUUUACCAUGCUGUUGAUCAACGCCAUCGUGCCCCCCCUGGUCCCGUACAUGGACCUGGGCUAUAAGAUGCGCGGCAUGAAGCGCGGGCAGCUCACUGAGGACAAGCUGGAGUACAUGAAUCAAGUGCUCAUGCGUGGGCCAAAUCCCAAGGAUCCGGAGCAGAUGAAGGAGCUGAAAGAAGUCAAGAUGCAGAUCGAGAUCUUCAAGAAGGCCUGGGCUCCUUCGGCGAUGAACGCCACCAGGAGAUAUGCCAAUGCCUUGAAGACCUUCUUGUGCUGUCUGCUCUACUCGCCCGUCUUGCCCUUGAUUUCCCUGGUGGGCAUGGUUGGCUUGUGCAUGCAGUACUGGGUGGACAAGUACCUCCUCCUGACCUGGUACUGCAGGCCGGUCAAGCCUUUGAGUGCCGACAUUGCCAACUUCUUCGUGAGGUUCGUGAAAUGGGUUGGGCCCAUCUUCUACUCGGUGUCCUUCUUCAUCUUUGUCACGCCGUCGUACGCUGACAAGGCAGCGGUGCUGUCCCAGUUCAUUAUUUGCAUCGUCAUCUCGACCAUCUUCUCGAUCGUAUUCCCGCUGUCGGUCUGGAUGCGUGUCUACCUGGGUAUGCCCUGCAGAUCUGAGAUGCAGAUGCUCGAGCACGAGGAUGACUACUACCAGGCACAGUACAUGUGGUCGAAGGAGAUGAAGUACCACAAGGCGGAACCCAGGGAGGGGCUGGGCACCUAA